UGAGCGCCCCUCCGCUCGCUUGCAAAGUUUGUCCGGUCUCCAAACUUUCUUAACAAGUGCAUCCUCUGUCCCUUCCGCAUCAGGCAACGAACUUUCUAUAGCAACCGUCGGGCGCGGGUCUCCUCGUUUGUUGACGCUUGUGAACGUGUAACAACCAAAAACUAGCAACAUAUAUUAGUCACUUUUGCUGCUCCUAUCGAAAAAACGGAUUUUUCGGUGGUCGAGGUUUCCAGCCAGGUCUUCAGCGAGGUCUUGAAGCGGGUGAAACCGCCGUCCCAUGCUCUACAAUGGACCCGGAUCCGAUGAACGUGUCGGCGACGUGGCAGUACCUCGUCCAGGACCUAAGCGUAAUCGAGUCAUCGUUGAAUUCGACGAACUUGACAGCGGGAGCGUCCGCAACCAACAUCUCGCCGACGGAUUACCCGCCCAUGCAGGCGCUGGGCGUCGAACUUCAGGCGUUCCUGAUUACGCUGUACAGCUUCACGGCCCUGCUGGCCCUGGGAGGGAACGUCAUGGUCAUCGUAGUCCUGGUUCUCGGCAAGAGGUCGUCCCGCGAACUGAGGCUCUUUCUGGUAAACUUGGCCCUUUCGGACAUCACGAUGGCCGUGUUCUCGAUCCCUUUCACCUACACGGACUUUAUGCUCGGUCGCUGGAUAUUCGACCCGCUCUUCUGUCCCGUGGUGCUCUUCAUGCAGCAUCUUUCGGUCAUUGUCUCCGUGUACACGCUGACGGCCAUCGGAGUCGAUAGGUGA